AUAGGUUGGCAAAUGUGCGCUAGGUACACAAGUUACCAUCUCUCAAUUCAACCGUAAGUUGAAUUUCAUUUGCAUUUUUGACAAAUCAGUGAAGCAGUCUACGAUUUAGCCAGAGGACAGACAGUUAUUCUGCAUGAUGAGUGAAAACGGAACAAUGUGAAAUCUACAGUAACGCGGCCCUUUUUAGAACUACGCACAUUUCAGACUGGCUCGAGUUCAGGAUUCCAGACUGAUGGCAGGUAUUCAUCUGCCGGAUAUAGGAAAACUGGGAAUUCAUAUUGCAACAGGAAUUCGUGACAAGAAGAAAGUUGCUCCGAGUAACAUGGCUGAAAACGCUAGGUACCAAGCGCUGUCAACGAGACUUGAGUCCGAAAAACACGAGCGAAGCAGAGUUUUAAAUAAGGAAGAGAGGCGAAUGAAAAGGAAAAAGCAUCGAAUUGACAAACGCCGCCAGGAUAUCGAAAGAAAUAGAAGGCAAGAACAUAACAGCAAUGUUGACAACAGCGACGGGAAAAUAUUUCUCCCUUCGAUCUCUCUUUCUAAAACGGCCAAUUCACAUAAUUACGGAGACGAGUUGAUCAGCGAAGAUCCACAAGACUUUGAUCCACAUCCUGGUAAAUCGUCUUCAGCCAUAUUCCCAAUUCAAGACGAGUUUAGUCAACUGUUAGAGAGUUCUGAAGGUGAUGGCAGAUUCAGAGAAAAGAGAAAGAUUGUUCGACUACCUUCGAUUGAAACAAACUCGGGAGACAAUAAAAUCAAACACAGAAAAACGGCUCCUUUGAGGAAAAACUUGAAAGCGAAUAAUCUAACGAAUAAGGAUAGUAACACGUUAGAAAUUAAAGAUGUGGAUUCAGGAAUUGAAAGAGAAUUACGGGUUAUGCCAAAUCCUCAAAUAGAGACGUUCAACGUGUCAAUUAAACAAGAUCAGCGAUGGGAUAAAGAUAUGUCCGAUCCAACAGGGAAAGAAGAAGUUGGAAAUCAAAGUGAAGAUCACAGACAGGCUGAAAAAAUAGUCAGCUCAGAGUUGAUUAUUGACGAAUCAGUCUCCUCCGAAAAUCCAUUUAAUUAUUUGUUACUGAAAGAACACAGGCGAAAAGCUCUGCAUCAAAAUCUAGAGGAUGCAUUCAGAGCAAUCAAAACUUGUCGUUAUAUUAGAACUCCUAUUCGUAGAGCAGAAGAAACUGACUUUGAUGAAGAAAUCUAAUUAAUAAACCUUUUGAGUCUC